GUGCACACGAGUGAGCGGAGGCCCCCGCAGGCAGGCCCCGGCCCCGGCCCCGGCCCCGGCGGCGCCAUGGAGAGCAAAGGGCUGGACAGCUCGCAGACGGACCUCAAGCUGGUGGCCCACCCGCGCGCCAAGAGCAAGGUGUGGAAGUACUUCGGCUUCGACACCAACGCGGAGGGAUGCAUCUUGCAGUGGAAGAAGAUUUACUGCCGCAUCUGCAUGGCGCAGAUCGCUUACUCCGGCAACACCUCCAACCUGUCGUACCACCUGGAGAAGAAUCACCCGGAUGAGUUCUGCGAGUUCGUCAAGAGCAACACGGAGCAGAUGCGCGAGGCCUUCGCCACCGCCUUCUCCAAGCUGAAACCCGAGGCCUCGCAGCCCAGCCCGCAGGACCCGCUGGCCGCCAAGGCCGCCCACGGCCACGAGAGCAAGAAGCAGCAGGAGCUGACGGCCGCUGUCCUCGGCCUCAUCUGCGAGGGCCUCUACCCCGCCUCCAUCGUGGACGAGCCCACCUUCAAGGUGCUGCUCAAGACGGCCGACCCCCGCUACGAGCUGCCCAGCCGGAAGUUCUUUUGCAGCAAGGCCAUUCCGGAGAGAUACGGCGCCGUGCGCGAGGCGGUGCUGAAGGAGCUCAGCGAGGCGUCCUGGUGCGGCAUCUCCACCGACCUGUGGCGCAGCGACAACCAGAACCGCUCCUAUGUCACGCUGGCUGCCCACUUCCUGGGCGCGGGGUCCCCCAGCAACUGCCUGGCUGUGGGGUCCCGCUGCCUCAAGACGUUCGAGGUGCCGGAGGAGAACGCGGCCGAGACCAUCACCCGGGUCCUCUAUGAGGCCUUCAUCGAGUGGGGCAUCAGCAACAAGGUGUUCGGGGCCACCACCGACUGCGCAAAGGACAUCGUGAAGGCGUGCUCGCUGCUGGACAUCUCGGUGCAGAUGCCCUGCCUGGGUCACACGUUCAACGCCGGCAUCCAGCAGGCCUUCCGGCUGCCCAAGCUGGGCGGGCUGCUGACCCGCUGUCGCCGGCUGGUGGAGUACUUCCAGCAGUCGACGGUGGCCAUGUACAUGCUGUACGAAAAGCAGAAGCAGCAGAACGUGGCCCACUGCAUGCUGGUCAGCAACCGCGUGGCCUGGUGGGGCAGCACCCUGGCCAUGCUGCAGAGGCUGAAGGACCAGCAGUUCGUUAUCGCCGCCGUGCUGGUGGAAGACAGCAACAACCACCACCUCAUGCUGGAAGCCACCGAGUGGGCCACCAUCGAGGGGCUGGUGGACCUCCUGCAGCCCUUUAAGCAGGUGGCCGACAUGCUGUCCGCCUCCAAGUACCCCACCAUCAGCAUGGUGAAGCCCCUGUUGCACAUGCUGCUCAACACCACGCUCAACAUCAAGGAGACGGACUCCAAGGAGAUCAGCAUGGCCAAGGAGGUCAUCGCCAAGGAGAUCUCCAAGACGUACCAGGAGACGCCCGAGAUCGACAUGUUCCUCAACGUCGCCACCUUCCUGGACCCCCGCUACAAGAGGCUGCCCUUCCUGUCCGCCUUCGAGAGGCAGCAGGUGGAGAACCGGGUGGUGGAGGAAGCCAAGGGCCUGCUGGACAAGAUCAAGGACGGCAGCUACCGGCCGCCCGAGGACAAGCUCUACGCGCCGCCGCCGCCGCCGCCGCCCGACGAGCCCCCCGUGAAGAAGCUGGCGCUGGGGUCCCCGCCUGCGCCCUCCAGCGUCAUCAACAACAUGCUGGCCGAGAUCUUCUGCCAGACCGGCGGCGUGGAGGACCAGGAGGAGUGGCACGCCCAGGUGGUGGAGGAGCUCAGCAACUUCAAGUCGCAGAAGGUGCUGGGCCUCAACGAGGACCCCCUCAAGUGGUGGUCCGACCGCCUGGCGCUCUUCCCCAUGCUGCCCAAGGUCCUGCAGAAGUACUGGUGCGUGGCGGCCACCCGCGUCUUCCCCGAACGCCUCUUCGGCUCCUCGGCCAACGUGGUCAGCGCCAAGAGGAACCGGCUGGCUCCCGCGCACGUGGACGAGCAGGUCUUCCUGUACGAGAACUCCCGCGGCGGUGGCGACGCGGAGCCCGAGGACGAGGACGAGGGCGAGUGGGGCCUGGACCACGAGCAGGUGUUUCCCCUGGGGGACGCCGUCCACGGCGGCUUCUUCGGGAUCAGGGAUGGCGGCUUCGUGUAGCGGGUCACGCCGCGGCGGCCCCGCUUGGAUGCCUGGCUGUAGAGACGCACCCCCACGGAUGGUCGUGCCGGCCCGCAACCCGGGGACGCGAGAAGAAGAAGGGAGGCGACACCGCUUUGGGUGUCCGCAAGCCGGCGAUGCCAUCGUUGCCUCUAGGAGUCCCUGUGCAUCCCGGCCGGGGGGUGGAGGCCUUGUUGGCCACCCGUGCAUUGCAAAUACUCCAUGUUUGCAAUCCCGCUUCCUCCCCAGAAGAAGAGCCAGGAGGGACGUUUCGCCUCCCAGGUCGUUAAUUCCAACCCGCACCACGGAUGUUCUCCGCCGGAGGGUUUGGCGUCGAUGGGAGAGAAAGCCAGACUGACGGGGAGACCAGGAUGACACCCUGACGUUUUCCGUUCCAGCGGGAACCUUGCCUCUGGGAAGCGGGGCGGGAGACGUUCUGGAGCCAGAAGGCCCUGUUUCGAAGAGAGACGCGUUUUCCGUGGGGCGGAAAAUGUGCAAAGGGGAGCAUCCGAUGGGAGCACUUUUGAAAAAAGCAGAAAGGAGGUGCUGAAUGGGUUAUAAGCUCCGUUCUCCCCUUGUCGGAAUUCACUUGGGUGGCCUGGUCCUUGCAAGCCCGGUCUGUCUUUGGCGUCAGAUGCUUCACCGGUGAAUUCCCCCAGAAUCAUUUUCCUUGGGGGUGACGGUGAGGCCCCUCCUGGGAGGCGCCCCUUUGAAAUACGGGGAACCCUAAGGUGCCCCCGGAGAUGCAGUUGUGGGUAUGGAAGAGGACCCUCUGAUUCUUUUAAACUCCACACCGCGGGAGUCAUCGAUUUUAAAAAUUUACCACCGAUGGUUUCCCUCCAGAGGUCAUCGUCGCCGGCUUUGGCUGUUUCCGAGAGACAGGAAGGCAGUUCCCAACACUUAGAAAUUACUUUUUUUUUUAAAUUUUCCCCCACUAACCGCCUUUCAAGAGGCACAGCUUGCGUCUUUGAUCCCUACGUGAUGACACCCCAAGGUGGAGGGAUGGGAUGUCACGAGGCGAGUGGUUCCAGAUGGCGCGUCCCAGCCUGUUGGCGAUAUUCCGCCUGGAUGCCCUCCCAGCCCCCGACCCCUGACCCCUGAUCAAAUCCCGGAGGCCGUCGGAGCGAAUUUCUUGUGCUAAUGGCUGGUGACUUUUGCGGCUUCUGAAAUUUUGAUGUCACCAGCCGUGUAUGUUCUUAGGAAAGACAGCCGCUCAAGCUGGUUUUUCUCUUUGAAGGAAAGCAAUUGGGUGGCUGAGCCAAGACCCUCAGCUCUGAGUGUUUCCAGAAAACGGCAGCGAGACGGGGCCAGUGCCCCGGCUUUAUGGCUCGUCCCCACUCUGCUCCCGGGUUGGAAAAAACAAGCAGCUCAGAGAUGCAGGGCCCACCUCCGUGGGGUUCAUUUUCUGGUGGUCCCAUCAGCCCCCUUCCCCGUUUCCGGAAAUCCCUGUCUUUCUUGUAACCCGUUAUGCAAACGCGUGUGGCUCCCGCCAGCUGCCUCACCGCAUUUCUUGUCUUUUUUUUCUUUUUUUCCCCCCCAGCCCUUGUGGCCACCCCUCCCCGUGGGUUGAGCUUUUAUUUAAUGCUAUGGAAUUGGAGUCCUGUUCAAUAAACCAGAGAAAUCAAUAACGGUCCGAA